CAACAAUCCCACCUUUCUCUCUCUCUCUCUUAACCUUUUUUUUCUUUAAUUUAUUUUAUUUUCCCAUUGUUCUUUAUAUAGAUAAUCGCAAAAGCCCACUCCAAUACAACCCCAUCUUUCUGUCUUCCCAACCAUCUAAAGUCAGCGUCUUGUUUGUCUUCCAUUUCUUCUCUAUCUUGCCGCAGGAGCCUGCUGAAAAAGGUACAAGCUGCCAUGGAUGUUGAUUGGGAUUUAUAUGCGGUGGUGAGAGGCUGCGCCACCGUUACGACAACCAGCAGAAGCGGUGAUGUUGCGAACAGCUCUUUCAUGGCUGAUUUGUACCCUCAAUCCAAUUUUCCAUCGUUUGCUACUCAAGAGCCUUUUCAGGGCCAGUUCUUGUCUUUUCCGAAUCAGUUUGAAGCCGAAAAUAAUAUGGAGGAAUUGCAUGAACUUUACAAGCCUUUCUUCCCCAAAUCUCAGCCUCUUCCUUCACCGAGAAAACAACAGCAAGAACAUCAACUCAAGCCUAAGCAGUCUGGCUCUGCUACGACAGCUAGUAGCACUUGUAGGACUCCCAGUUCUCAUAAUUCUCGGUCUAAAAGAAGAAAGAAUCAGCUUAAAAGAGUUUGCCAAGUGCCGGCAGAGGGUUUAUCUUCAGAUGUGUGGGCAUGGAGAAAAUAUGGUCAAAAACCCAUCAAAGGAUCUCCUUAUCCAAGGGGCUAUUACAGAUGUAGCAGCUCAAAGGGGUGUUCGGCCCGGAAACAAGUGGAACGACACAGAUCCAACCCGGAUACGUUCAUAGUCACGUACACGGGUGAACACAACCCUGCUCCGACGCACCGGAAUUCACUCGCUGGCAGCACCCGCCAGAAGCCUUUCACUCCUCAAACGGUCGCCGCUGCUGACUCCAACAAACAUUCCCCCACUAAACCCGUUGACAGUUCGUCUCCGGGGACAUCCGUGGAUGAAGGGGUUGUGGUUCAAAGUACGAAGGUGGACAGCAGGGAGGGUUUGGUUGAAGAUGAAGGGGAAGAUGAGUUUGGGAUGUCUGACACGGCAGUGAGCGAUGAUUUCUUCGAGGGUUUAGAAAGAAUUGCUGAAAUGGUCUCCGGAGAUUCUUGGUCUGAUGAUUUUUCCGGCUAUUUUGACCUUCCUUGGAUUGUGAACAGUGCGGCUACUACCGCCGGUGGCAUAUAAAACUUGCCCGAAUAUGUUUGGUUUCCUUUUUCACCUUUAAUUCUUGUAUAUGUCAUAUGCCCUUUUGGUAGAAUCUAAACCAACAAUGCAUUUUAUUGUGUGAUUUUUUAGGAUUCCAUUAACGAGUCUUGUAGAGGAAAAAAGUAGUUUAUUGUUUCUAG